GAAAUUUUCAAUGCAGAACCAAUAAUAUAUCUAUAUUUUACUAAUUUAUUUGUACCGAAAUGACUGAAACGAUAACAGAAACGUUUACUGAAUUACAUGAAUUUCUUGCGGCGGAACAACAACUGAGAGAAGAUAUUCGUUUUGUUGUUAAGGAUAUGGAACAAACCACUAGAGAAAUUCAAAAAGUACUUCAAGCUAUUCACCAACCUCAAGGUUUAAAAAAAGUGCCUGAACUUUGUGAAAGUGCCCGUAAAUUGUUUGAGGCUGUAAAAGACCAGACAAAAAAUCUUUCUGAUAAAAUACCUGUCAAUCAGUAUUACAAGUAUCAUGAUCAUUGGAAGUUUGUUUUCCAGAAAUUAAUGUUUUUAGCAGCACUAAUUGUGUUUCUAGAAUCAGAAAAUUUAAUAGACAGAUCUGUAGCAGCUGAGUUAAUUGGAGCUAAAGUAAAUAAGGAAGAUGGUUUUCAUGUUGAUUUAGAAGAUUUUUUAAUGGGUUUAUUACAAUUGGCAAGUGAAUUGUCACGUUUAUCAGUAAAUGCAGUUAUUGCUGGUGAUUACAAUAAACCAUUGUUAAUAUCAGCAUUCCUCAGUAAUCUAGAAUCUGGAUUCAGACUUUUAAAUCUUAAAAAUGAUGCUUUAAGAAAACGGUUUGAUGCUUUGAAAUAUGAUUUGAAGAAAGUUGAAGAAGUGGUAUAUGAUUUAUCUAUAAGAGGAUUAAAACCUAAAGACACCAGUGUGUUGACAGAGUUGACAAAUUGAGAUAAUCCUUUCUGACCAACUGUGUUUAUGAAUAACACAUCUGGGCCCAAUUACAACAUUUGCAUUGAACACACAAAUAGUGUUUCAUCUAUCAUUUGUUAUAUUUAUCAAUAAAAAUUAUUUUUGAC